AUUUUCUGGGUGAUUUUUGUCGAAAUUUUUGGUUGAUUUUGGUCGUUAUUUUGGCUGAAUUUUUGGGUUAAAUUUGGUCGAACUUGGUUGUUGAUUUUGGGUUUAAUUUUCUCGAAUUUCAAGGUUUAAUUUUCUCGAAUUUGGUCGAAUUUCUGGGUUUAAUUUUCUCGAAUUUGGUCGAAUUUCUGGGUUUAAUUUUGCUUGAUUUUUUUGGGUUGAUUUGAGUUUUUUGGGUUGAUUUUUGGCCGCUUUUUUUUGGUCGAAAUUUGAGUUGAUUUUGGUCGAAAUUUGGGUUGAAUUUUGUUGAUUUUUUUUGGUUGGUUUUGGUCGAAUUUCUUGUCAAAUGUUUGGGUUUUUUGGGUUUAAUUUUUGGGUUGAUUGUUGUCGAAUUUCUUGGUUGAUUUUUGUUGAACUUUUGGGUUGAUUUGGUCGACUUUUUGUCUUGAUUUUGGUCGAAUUUUGUGGUUGAAUUUGGUCGUAUCUUGGGGCUGAUUUUUUACGAAAUAUUGGGUUUCUUUUGCCGAACUUUUGGUUGAAUCUCUUGGUUGAUUUUGUCUAAUUCUCUGGGGGUUUUUUUGUUGAAUUUUGUUGAUUUUUCUGGGUUUUUUUGUCGAAAUUGGUUGAUUUUUCUGGGUUUUUUGGUCGAAUUUUGUUGAUUUUUCUGGGUUUUUUUGGUUGAAUUUUGUUGAUUUUUUUUUUGUUGAAUUUGGUUGAAUUUUGUCUAAUUUUAUGGGUUUUUUGGUCGAAUAUUUUUUGAUUUUUCGGGUUCGAAUUUAAUCUGUUUUUUUUUGUUAUUAAUAAUAAAAUAUCUCAUAUUUAUCUUAUUUCUUUAAUAUUUUCUCUCUCCUUACUUUAUUUUAAACAUAUAAUCUCUUACACUUAAUCAUUAUUCUUACACUCAAUCAUUACUCACAUCCCAAUACAACCAAAGAUUCCAGUUUUCUUAAAAACCACCCAACAUUUCUUAGUGGAACAACAAAAAAGAAUGGAGGGAGUAAUAUUUAAUAUUUAAUAUUUAAUAAUUAAUAAUUACUCCACAAUAAUUAAUAAUUAAUAUUUAAUAAUUAAUAAUUAUGUUUAUUACAAUAUUAUUAUUAUUAAGUUGAAUUGAAUUGAAUUAAACUGAACUGAACAGAACCGAAUGAUCCUGAACUGAACUGAAACUGAACUGCGAAAUAAGUCCUAAAACUGAAAUCAAGACAAAAAGAACAGGGCCUUAAUUAUGCUUGAUUGAUCGGUUUCUCUGAUUGUCCAAGUCUGCAUGCUUUGACUUUCUUUUGUUCCUACUUUGGAACUUCUAGUUUUCUUAGCAUAGAAACUUUAAGCAUAUAUUAGUAAAGUUUGCUUGUCAUAAUCAAAACCAUUUGGAUCAACACAGAUUUAUCCUAACCUUCAUGUUCUUGAUUUGUUUCUAUACUAUUAGUAAGUUGACAUAUUCUUAUUGCUAGACGAUAUUUUGCUGACAAAUAUAAAUUGCAUGCUUAAUUUUGGACAUACCAGAGAUGGUGCGAAAGAUGUUGGAGAAAGAAACCUUGCUAAUGAGGGUUCAGGACAAUGAGGGGCUAACUCCACUCCACCGUGUUGCUGGAGAGAUCAACAAAGGCUCGUAUUCUUAAGCUCCUUUUGCAGUAUGAGAAAGAAGAGAUUGGUGAAUCAUCGACACUAUACAUUCAAGACAACAAGGGGCGAACACCCCCUUCACAUUGCAAUACUUCGGAGUAAUUGGUAUGCCAUAAAGAAGCUGAUAGCAUGCCGUCCAGACUGCAUCGAGAUAGUAGAUGAUCAUGGGCAGAAUGCGGUACACUAUGCUGCCAAGUGGGGCUGUCUCGUUAAAACUGAAACUUUGGUAGAGAAAAAAGGACGCUUUGAUGUUCUCCUUAAUGACAAAGAUGCAGAUGGGAAUACGCCUCUCCAUCUUUUCGCCGCAGCUCUUCCUACCUCUAGCCAUGUUUGUGUUAUUAGACUUCCAAUUUUUACUAGAUUAAAUAACUCAUUCCUCAACCUCAAGGCAUUCAAUAAACAAAAUCUUACCGUUGGGGAUAUCUUGGCCUCCAAAAUUCCCACCAUUCAUCCCGAUUCAAAUAAUAUACAGCAAGUGAGAAGUUGGAUGGCACCAAGAGGAAAACGAAUUAACAAAUAUGAAAGAGAAGUUGACGUUGAGAAAGGAAAUAGUAAUGUAGAAUCAAAACUUGUGACGCUCAGAAAAGAAGCUCAAGGACACUCUUUGGUGGCGACAUUGAUUGCAACAGUAUCUUUCGCUGCUGGUUUCACAGUCCCCGGCGGAUUUAAUCAAAACAAUGGAGAGAAUAUAGGAAUGGCAGUGCUUAAAAGUAAGGCUGCCUUCAAAGUAUUCUUGAUCUCAGAUGCCAUAGCCUUCACAUGCUCUGCUGUUGCAAUACUCUGCUACUUUUCUCUUGUAAGUACGGAAUCUACCUGGACAACUGAGGCUCACUCGUUUACAGCCCGUAUACUAAAUAUCAUUUCAUUGGGUGCAUUGAUGUUAGCAUUUACCACAGGUGUAUCAGUCGUGGUAUCUCAGUCACCUCACCUAGUCUUUGCAUUAUGGGCUAUUUUUAUGGUUUUUCUCUUCUACUAUACCUCACUAGUUACCCGGACUCUUCGAGCUGUACGGGACUACUGUGCAAGAUGUUCUGUUAGAAAUCGUCACACGUUCGAGUAAGAUUGGAAAUUGUUUUCUGCUAGCUCUCCCAAGAAAUACUGCAUAAUGCAAGAGCAUAAAGAAAGCUGCGGUUUAAGAGCUCUGUUUUGUACUUUGUUAAUUGUUAUGACAUUUGCUUUAAUCUCUGAUAA